CCCGAAUCGUUCCGAUUUGAACCGAAUCCUAAUCGACAUAGGUGUGUUAAGUUUACCGACGAUCAAAACGGUGGUUUUUCGAGGGGCGAAAACCGAGCGGUUCGAGUUCGAUUGGGGGCCCACCCUCGGCGCCGAUCGAUGAUCCAAUCGUAACCGGUAAUUGUCAUGUACGAAGAAUUAAAAUCGACGAAAAUAAUCGUGGUCUAGUCGUCUUUGCGAUUGUUUUUUUUUUGUGCUGUCAAUUUUUGAGCUGUCAAAAAUGUCACUGCCUGGGACACAAGGCCUAUCAAAAUUAAAGAAAAAACACUUCAGAGUUAAACACCAAAAGGUUAAAUUAUUUCGUGCGAAUGAGCCGUUUUUAUCGGUUUUAAUGUGGGGAAUUAACCACACCAUAAACGAGUUAAUGCAUGUUACGAUCCCCGUUAUGCUUUUACCCGACGAUUUUAGAGCUUAUUCCAAAAUUAAAAUCGAUAACCACUUAUUUAAUAAAGAAAACAUGCCAUCUCAUUUCAAAGUAAAAGAAUAUUGCCCCAUGGUUUUUAGAAACAUACGCGAACGAUUUGGAAUUGACGAUUUAGACUUUAAAGAGUCUUUAACGCGCUCUCAACCGCUCCCUGAUGAUUCUUCUGGAAAAAGUGGGGCUAAGUUUUAUCUCAGUUCUGAUAAACUUUUUAUUAUUAAAACGUUAACGAGCGAGGAAGUCGAACGAAUGCACUCGUUUUUAAAGCAUUAUCAUCCUUAUAUCGUCGAAAGGCAUGGAAAGACGCUUUUACCCCAAUAUUUAGGAAUGUAUCGAUUAACCGUAGACAAUGUUGAACAUUACAUUGUAAUUACAAGGAAUGUUUUUUCGAAUCAUCUUAGUACGCAUCGUAAAUUCGAUCUUAAAGGCUCCACGGUCGAUCGAGAGGCUUCUGAUAAGGAAUUGGAGAAGGAUUUGCCCACUUAUAAAGACAACGACUUCGUUAAGCAAAAAUUAAAGGUGUAUAUAGGUGACGAAGCCAAGCAAAAAUUGAUGGAAACGCUCACCGCCGACGUUGAAUUCCUCACCAAAUUGCAUUUAAUGGAUUACAGCAUGUUAUUAGGUAUACAUGAGGUUGAGCGAGGUGAAGAAGAGUUCGCCCGGCAACGAGAAAACGAAUCUGAGAAUGCUUGUCAAGAAUCUGAUGAAAGUGAAGCCGGUUCGGGUUUGGAUAGUCGCAAUUUCGGUUAUAACACCCCUCCGGAUUCGCCAAACGCGAUCGCUCAAUUCGUUCGGGAUCAAAGUCUCCAAUACGAAGGUAAAUUUUUCUCAGGAGGUAUCAUUCCGGAAUUGGAUAUCUACGCAAUUCCAAGUUGCGAAACCGCCCCAGUUAAAGAGAUCUAUUUCGUUGCGAUUAUCGAUGUUUUGACUCAUUAUGGGGUGAAGAAGCAGGCUGCGAAAGCCGCCAAAACCGUUAAAUAUGGUUCGAACGUCGAUGGAAUUAGCACAUGUGACCCCGAACAAUAUGCAAGAAGAUUUAUGGAGUUUAUGUCCAAAGCUAUUGAAUAGAUUUAGUGUGAUCGGUUUCUAUUAUCUUUAUUUUGUGUUAUUUAGAGGUUAAUCGGAAGAUUUUAUGUAGGUAGAUGUUGUAAAUAUGAUUUAUUUUUGUGUAAGUUCUUGGUUAGUUUGUUUAUAUCGAUUUUUUAUUGAAAAAAAGAAAAAAAGUGAGGUUAGAACAUGAAAUUUUUUUCAACAUAACCUCAAAUUAUUUAAUUUUUUUUGUUAAAAUCAUUUUUAUAUGACUUUUGAUUAAUCUUAUUCGUGAUUAAUCGUAUUUUCGAUUGAUUUCAUCACUUUUUAUUAAUCACUAUACAAUAAUAAAUCGAUAAAAAAGUGAGGUUAGGUGAAGGAAAAGCCAAUUUUUUUUCACAAAAAGGUCACCGAAUUUCUUGGUACAAUAAACUCGCUUAUUUCAAAAGAUAUUAAUGAUUAUUAUAAAAUGUAAGAGAAAUAAAGGGGUUCUAAUUAGAUUAAAACAUUUAAAACCUUUUUUUACAACAAAAGAUUGUUUAAUUUGUACAUAUUAUGUAAGUGGCCCCUUUUUAGGUGUUUAUUUCGUUCAAAGAUGUACAUAUUUGCAUCGGUCGAAGCUUUUAUUAAGAUUGUAACACAGAAAUCGAUUUUUUUUAACUACAAGCUCAAUUCACAACUUUCUACUCUUAACAAAUCCGUAAAAAGGCUACACUCUUUAUAUUCGCUUGUAAAUAUCGUUAUUAUUACGUAUUUUUGUGGUAUUUUUAAUCUAUCAUGUCAUCUAGUCUUAUUCGAGUACGGCGUAAGGUGCAGCUCGUGUCAUGAUUUCUUUACUUCGCGUAUAUAUUUGUAUUAUUAUUACGAUUAUGGAUAUGUUUAUAAAUAAAUUAUGUCUUAAAAAUAA